AUGUACUCGCCUUACCAGUUGUCAGGAGGAGGGCCGCAACCACAACCCACAACGGGGGGCCAAGAAGCUGCUCCCAACGGUGGUGCAAGUAGCACUCCCGUGCCAGAUCAGGCACAGCAGGCGAGUGCUGCGGCACCGCACGCUCCCCAUCAUCACUAUCCGCAGUAUGUCACCAGUUGUUACCCGUUCGUGCAAGAGCAAGUCUAUCACCCGCACGUUUACUUCAACCCCCUGCAGCACACGCACGCGGGGCCUAACCUAGGCGCCUACAACAAUCAGAGAGCACGAAAGUACAGGAAGCCGCGUCGCGUCCAGACACAGGACAAGUCCCUCCAGUGCGACCUUAACACUGGGAAGGAGCAGCCAGCCAGCGCUAACCCCGACCUCAUCACCCCCACCAAUCAGCCGGACCCCGAUUCUGACUCCGGUUACUGUUCGCCGAAGCAAAAGCCUAGUUGCGUAGAGUCCUCCCCACCCGUUGUGUCACAAACCGAUCAGCCCAGUUACACUCAGGUACCAGCGAGCGCAGGAGUGAACCAAGCGCAGGCAACGCCGAGCACGCCGUCCAGUAACAACCAGGCCAACCGUGGAGUUGGCAACGUUGCUCAACGCACGGAUCCGACCCUUGUUGCCGAAACGCUUCAGACGCAGCACGAGCACAGGCAGAGUCAGCUGCCGCUCCAGAGGCCGACUUCGAUCCCCCUCCACGCCGCCUCGAUCGUCUCGCACACAGCUGACCACGGCUCGUUCGUCCGCGACUCGCGAAGGACUGCUCGCAAGGCAGAGAGGGCCUUCCGCAAGGCUGAACUUGAGUACGCCGAAAUCGCCGCCGAGCAAGAGAGACUAGUCAAACGCAUCAGCCAAACCAACAUCUCAAAUCAACCCAAAAUGGACGCGAAAAAUAACUUCAAGAAAAAAGGAAAAGUCAAAGAAAAUCCGAAGCAAAAGAAACCGACCGCGUUGAAGAGAGUGAUUCUCAAGGAACGCCAGGAGAAGAAGGAAGCCAGAGAAAGGACUGAAUCCACCGACCAAAGUGACGACGUUCCACCUCUACCGCCAAUUCUGGACGGCAUCGGAGGCCCCGAAACGGCCCUGAUCAAGGAUUGCGUUGAAGCAUCCCGCAUCCACAGCCGUCGAUUCCGCGAGUACUGUGAUCAAGUUAUCGACAAGAAAAUUGACAAUCUGACGGCGAACUUGCUCUCCGAGCUCUGUCGCUUCUACAAUCGGCAGCUUCAGAAGAACCCUACAAAGGCAAAAUCAAAGCGGCGUUUUGUUCUUGGCAUUCGCGAGGUCUUCAAGCACCUCAAACUCAACAAAAUCAAGUGUGUCAUUGUGUCCCCCAAUUUGGAGAAAAUUCAAUCAAAAGGCGGACUAGACGACAUGCUCUCGCAGGUUCUGCAAUGGUGCGAAGACCACUCAUUACAAGUUAUCUUUGCGCUUGGGCGACGUGCAUUAGGCCGAGCGUGUGGGAAAUUUGUGCCCGUGAGCAUCGUGGGCAUCUUCGACAUUUCCGGAUGUGAGGAGCAGUACGCACACCUGUCUACGCUGGUCAGAGAGGCACGAGAACAGUACCAGAAGCUCGUAGGAACUGUAGCUCGAGAGAUCGAGGACUCCCACGAGCGUGCCCAAGAAGUGCAAGCUGCGGAAGUUGACGAAGAAAUCCAGCUUGAUAAACUCAAACUCGAUAAAACACUGGACUUAGAGAAUUCAUCUGGAGCAAUAGUAGAAAAUGGAACGUCUGAGAGCACGCCCGUGUGCAACGGACAAGCGCAGUUGGUCGAUGAUCUGAUCAAGGGAACAUCGCGGAAGGCGUACCAAGUGCACUCACGAAAUGCUAGCGCGGCGAGUGGCGUCUCCAUCAUCAGCGCGGUGUCGCAGGGCGAGGACAUGAACUGGCGCGAGAUCGUCUCCGAUUGUAAUCCCAAACCACCGAACACAAUCAAUUCGCCACCACCACCCUCCGAAGAAAAAGUUUAA